AUGGGUGGGGAAAACUGCACCACCGUGACAGAGUUCAUACUCCUGGGAUUAUCAGACUCCCCUGAGAUGAAGUUUUUCCUCUUCUUGUUCUUCCUGCUUGUCUACGGAGUCACCGUUCUGGCUAACCUGGGCAUGACUGCUCUCAUCCGUGUCAGUUCUGAGCUUCACACCCCCAUGUACUUUUUCCUUAGCCAAUUGUCCCUCGUGGAUUUCUGCUACUCCUCCACCAUCGUGCCCAAAAUGCUGGUGAAUAUCUCCAGUGAAGACAAAGCCAUUUCCUUCCUGGGGUGUAUGGUGCAAUUUUAUUUAUUCUGUACUUAUGCAAUCACGGAGGUCUUCCUGCUGGCUGUGAUGGCUUAUGACCGCUUCGUGGCUGUCUGUAACCCUCUGUUGUACAUGGCUAUUAUGUCCCCCAGACUCUGCGUUGUACUGGUUUCUGGCUGUUACCUCUAUGCUUCUGUGUGUGCACUGAUUCAUUUGUGCUUAGCUCUUCAAAUCCCAUCCUACCAGUCCAACGUGAUUGACCACUUCUUCUGUGACCUGCCUCCUCUCUUGAGUCUGGCUUGCUCUGAUGUCACUAUCAAUGAGCUGUUAGUGUUCGUUUUGGUCAAUGUGAAUGAGUUUGUUACCAUCGUCAUGCUCCUCACCUCCUACUGGUUAAUUCUGGUCACUGUCCUGAGGUUGCACUCAGCAGAGGGGAGGCGCAAGGCCUUCUCCACCUGUGUCUCCCACCUCACAGCCAUCGUCGUAUUCCAUGGCACAAUCCUCUCCAUUUAUUGUCAGCACAGUUCCAACAGUAACCAAGGUUCUAUUAAAGCGACUACAGUGUUCUACACUGUGGUGAUACCCAUGCUGAAUCCCCUUAUCUAUAGCUUGAGAAACAAAGACGUGAAAGAAGCUCUCAGAAAAGUUGUGGGAUCCAAGAUAUUUUCUUAG